AUGCUCCUAACUGGUGCAUUUGCCGGCCCCAAAAAGGAAGACGCGAAGCUGUCACCGCUUGCAGAACUUACUUUUUUCCCUUUACUAGUUGCCAGUCAUGACCGUAUCACAGAUAUCUUUAGACCAGCUGACGAGGCCCUGAGGCGUUUAAUUCCACAGUUUGACCUUGAGAGACUACCAGUAGUUGAGAAGUUAUACGCCCUUGCAUUGGGAGAUAUCACUACACCUCCCGUAAAACAAGUUGUUCAAACACAUAUUGUACAACUAAUUGCGAAAUCCAAAGUUGGAGUUAACGUCGGAGACGGUCCUAAAAGACUAAUUCAGAUGAGCUUUGAGUCUGAUAAUAUUAAAAGUAUGAAGGCUGGAGUAGAGCUUAUAAGGGCUGUGGCUCGGAACACAGAUGAAGAGAAACUCAAACCAGUGGCCAGAGAGUUAGCACGUCGUUUAUACGAAUGGAUUAUUUCUACAGGCUGGCCCAGGUUGAACACAGGUUCAUCUGCUGCCAAAGAUAUGCACACAGGCUCCUUGCGUAGACAAACAUACGAGACUUUAGGUGCCCUGGCUCGACGUGUUCCUGAAAUUCUGAACGAUAAUUCUGAAGAUGUUGGAAAUCUAGGACUUAUCAAAUUCUUAUUUGAGAGUUUAGCUAAAGACUCGCCUGAUAUGAAACCAUCCAUCCAAGAAGCUUUAUCUGAGGUGAUUCCUGUUUUGGAUGUGAUCUCAGAAGAUGCCAGGCCAGCCCUGAAUGAGUUGCUUUUCUCAUAUCUAUCGGAUCCCACGUCUGAUCAAGGAUGUAAAUACGUAUCCAUCCGAUAUGCUGUCCGAGUGACACCGUUUAAUAAUGCAAUGGCAAGACUACUUUGCUUAUAUGGAUUGGAUAGAGCUAAUCGCCCAGAUGUGAUUGAAGAAGCCAAACGCGGACUGCACCCUUAUUGGUACCACAAUGCCAACUCUCAUUACAAUAAUCAGGAUGUGAGUAAUGUUGAAUUCCCUUCGUUCCAAGAUAUGCUAGCCAUCGUACAAGAGCGCAUGUUUGUUCAAUCAGCUAAUGGACCGCAACUUAAGACUCCUUUCAAUGUUUUGAACUUUGCUUUAAUAUUUUUAGAGCAGAUUCUUGUCAUGGAGGCAGUCAAGGGAAAGACCAGCGUUUUGCAGGCUACUGAAGAGAACUGGGAUACGACCUUGGAUACAGCGAUUGUUGUAGACCAAAACGUCCGUGGACUCUUCCGUGAUUACAUUAAUUCAGCCAUUCCACUUGAUCAACUGAUCUCAUUCAUUGAUAUGAAUCUCUGGGCUUCUAAGCAGAACAGCGCAGAAUUGCCUGAUGCAGUGAAGAUUUGGCUACGUAUAUUAUCCCAAUCUGGUCCAAAGAUUAUAUCGGAAAAUAUCCCUAAAAUACCAGAAAUCGUAGCUUUAGUCGAUUCUGCCAAAGCCAAACUACUACAAGCAUCAGCAAAUGCACUGGCAAUUAUUAUCACGACCGACGAAGUAGCUAUCCAAGAUAUUGUAAACCUGAUAGAGAGCUGGAUUUCGCAAGCAGGAUCAUCAGGCACAUCUAUUACCAGCUUCAAGCACAGGGGUCAUCUUUAUGCCAUCGGGUAUAUAAUUUCUAGACUGGCCCUUCGAAAUAGAAAACUCCCUGAAGAAGUAUAUGCAAAAUCAGUGAAAGCAAUCACUGAUGUCAUCCUACAAACUAGGUCGGCCGAUGUGCUAACUAUGGAAGCUGCCGUAGAUGCAUUUUCGCAGCUUGCCCUCUCGGGAGCUGUGAAUUCUGAUUUUGUCACUCCAGAAGUUAUUAGUAAACUGCUGACUCUGGCAAAGGCUGACAAUGACAAAGCUAUUUUUGCGGUUGGAUGUAUAACAAGUACUGCUGCUACUGAAUCAAAGCAGAAGUAUAUUGAUGCUAUUUUUGAGCUUCAUACCGGCAAACAGAUUGAUUUCAUGUUCAUGAGUGGAGAAGCCCUCAGUAUUGCCGCUGCAGGAUGGGAUUCAACUCUUGGAGAACGAUACAGAGAUAUUCAAGGGGUGAAUUUGUUAUCUCCAUCAACUACAUCACAGCUAGGUAGUGUCUUGGACCAAGUUUUGGUCAAGUGCAGUUCUCCCAAGCCUUCUUUGCGAAGAUUUUCAUGUGUUUGGUUGCUCAGUUUAACCAGAUAUUGUGGACAUUUGCCUGAAGCACGAUCGAGAUUAGAACAGGUACAUCUUGCAUUCAUGAAAUUCCUCGUUGACAGAGAUGAUGUCGUCCAGGAGUCUGCUUCUCGUGGUCUUAGUAUUGUGUACGAUAUCGCAGAUUCGAAGCUCAAAGAUAGUAUGAUUCGUGGUUUGGUUCAGUCUUUUACUUCGGACAAAUUGGCCACGAAUGGCGGAACAGUCACUGCCGAAACCCAAUUAUUUGAGCCCGGUGUUCUAGAUACUGGUGAUGGAUCGAUCUCAACCUACAAAGACAUUUUAAGUCUUGCAUCUGAGGUUGGUGACCCUAGCUUGGUUUACAAGUUUAUGAGUCUUGCUGCGAAUUCGUCUCUUUGGCAAUCUAGAAAGGGUGCCGCAUUCGGUCUAAACACUAUUUUCUCAAAGGCAAAUCUGGAUGAUUUGUUCGAAUCCAAUCCAAAAUUGUCCAAGAAUCUUAUCCCCAAGCUAUACAGGUAUAGGUUUGAUCCUAAUAGUUCGGUACAAGAGUCUAUGAAAGGUAUCUGGAACGCUCUAGUACGUGACAAUACCGCUGUUAUCAACAACAAUUUUAUAGACAUUUUAGAGGAAUUAUUGACGGGAAUGGGAAAUCGUGAAUGGCGUAUUCGUCAGGCAAGUACCAUGGCAUUAUCAGACCUAUUGCAAGGCAAGCUACUUCAACAAUAUGAGCACUAUUUGCAAAGAAUCUGGCUUAUGAGUUUUAGAGUUGUCGACGAUAUUAAAGAGAGUGUCAGAGUGGCGGGUAUGCAGUUGACCAGAGGGUUGACUACCUCUCUCGUACGCCAUGUUGACGUCCAAUCUGGCGCUGCAUCUGAAAAACAAGCUGCGAAUAUUUUGAAAGAUCUUAUUCCAUUCUUGAUGGGUAACUCGGGUAUCCAAUCCGAGUCACAAGAAGUUCAAUCGUUUUCGUUGCAGACCCUUUUGAAGUUAUGUAAAAGCAACAGCCCACCCUUGAAGCCAUAUAUCCCUGGAUUGAUUGAAGAGCUUCUUGGCUUACUUUCUACAUUAGAGCCCCAGGCUAUGAAUUAUCUUGCAUUGAAUGCAGACAAGUAUGGUCUCACUUCUAAUGAUAUAGAUGCGUCCAGAAUGUCCAGUUUGCGUACAUCUCCUAUGAUGGAAGCUAUCGAGCAAAUGAUUGAGCGACUAGAUGACGAAUCUUUGGAAGCGUUGAUUCCCAAACUUUCUUCUGUCAUAAAAAAAUCAGUUGGUCUUCCUUCUAAGCUCGGAGCCGGUCGUGUAGUGGUUUCGCUGGUAAUGAGGAAUCUUUAUCAAAUUGGCCCUCACUCGCAAGCGCUGUUAUUAGCUGCCAAAUCUCAACUAAUGGAUAGGAAUAGUCUGGUUUCCCAGUCGUAUGCCGUUUCGUGUGGGUACUUGUGUAGACCAGCCCCUGUUGAGGCCGUACUUGAUUAUGUUGCAUAUUUACAGAAGCUAUACUUUUCAAGUCCAGAUGUCGGUGAGAGAGCCCGACUUGUAUCUGGACUGGGUGUCAAUGGCAUCUCCAAGCAUGCUUCUGACAAGUUCAGUGCUAUUUCGUCUGCUAUGCUCCCAUUUGUGUUCAUUGCCAAACACGACCCAGAUGCUCAAGUAAAGGAAGCAUUUGAACAUGUUUGGUCGGAUAAUACAGGUGGCACAGGAGCUAUUCGAUUGUACGUGAAUGAGAUCAUUGCUAUAGUAAGGGAAAAUCUUUCCAGCCAGCAGUGGGAUAUCAGGCAAGUGGCGGCGAAGAGUGUUGCUGAUGCAGCAGUUGCAAUGGGAGAAGAAACUCGCAGUGACAGUGUUCCUCAAGAUAUCCUUGAGUUAUUCAAUGUUCUUAUUCAAGCGUCAAGCGGUCGUAGCUGGAAGGGUAAAGAGAUAGUUUUCGAUGCUCUUGUUACUCUUGCAGUCAAUUUCAAGGGCAGUGUUGUUUCCUCUCCGGAGCUGCUAGAGAAGCUAAAUUCAGUAGUUGUCACUGAGGUCAAGAGAAGAAAUAAGGAGUACCAGGUCGAGGUUAUUCAGUCUGCAGGCAAGUAUAUUUCGCAGCUGAACCAAAGCCAACUUUAUGAGCUUCUUUUCGAAGUCAGUUCACAGUAUUUGGAUCCUACUUUGAAUGAAAGUGACGAGGACUCUGAUGGUGACACGAAUAUGGAGGAUGGCGAAAAUAAUAGUGGCCCUACAGAAGAUGUACGAUUGAAGGUCCUUAAAGGAGUUGUUAAAAGCGUGACAUUAGGUAAUAAUAACGGGGUGGUAGACACGAUUGCUGGCUAUUUGAUUAAUGCAUUGGAACAUAGCAAGGCGCCAAUCACCUGGAAGACUAAAUUAGCUGUUGCUCAGCAUGCUAUCAGCAUAACUGAACUAUUUUCUGGCGAAGUGGACUCGAAAGACGCAGAUAGUCUGCUAAAGAUUUGGAAAGCGAUUGUUAAGGUUUGCUCCAGAGAUUUGAAUCACGAAAAGGUUCGUAUAGAAUCAGCCCGUGUUGGAGCGGCUUUGCUCAAAAUUUUGCCUGGAAAUCAGGAAGUGCGUAAUGAUAUUGAAACUCUUAUCGGAGAAGAAAAGUCCACUAUCGUCUUGACCGAGUUGCGGAAGGGAAUCCAAUGA